CGUAGUUCUACUAUUCCUUCAACUCCAAAGUUGCAUUUUUUUUCACAGAAGAAGAAGAAAUGGAAAACAGAACGCGCCUGAAAGUUCAAAAGAAGAGACCCAUUAAGCGCAGCGGAAGGGAAGUGUUACUGAAAAAGGUUUUAGAUUAUCUGAAGUCUGAUACUUACAUGUAUGCCCCUCUCCUCUCUUCUCCAACCUCUGAUUUUCCCUCACCCAACGCUUUCCCUUCCUCUGCUAAAGGGGUGGAAUUUAAUAAACCUGUAAAAGAUAAGCAGUGGUUUGAGGAACAAGUUGGGGAGUAUCUCAAAUAUGAUGGUUAUAUGUAUAAUCCGCUGCUUCUUCUUGCUCAUUCAUCUCAAGAACCUUUGCAGGACUGUGGAAUGAUAAGGAUGGAUGGUUCAGAUAGAAUGUUGAGAAUGAAAGUUAAUCAACGAGCUGGUCAUUUAGGAAAUGCAAACCAAAGUUCUGAAAGUCAUCUUCCUCAAACAGACCUCUCUGAUCAGCAUACUCGGGGACACACGGAAACUGUGAAGCAUACUGUGUACCAAAGAUGUCGCUCAACUUCUGCCACAAGAAUUGCUACCCUCAACUCGCAGCUGAGAGCUCAUAGUUGAUUGAACUUUUGGAUAUGCUGUAAACAGAGAAGAUAAUACUGGUUGUACGUGUAUGUAGGUGCACACAUUAUGUGUGUAGAAUUUUAAUAGUUAUAAGAUAUAUACCGUCUUCGUUUUUUGAUAUAAUAUGCUAUUGGGCCAUAUUGUUUGUAUUUAACUUUGACAUGCAUUUCAUGUAAUGUUUUUAGUUUUUUCAAUGGUAGUUUGAACUUCCUUAUCAGGUAGGCGGGUAUGUCCAUCAUCAGCAUUGUUAAUAGAGAACCUCAUUUUGUUUAAACUGAUCUUUGGCAAUCACGAAAUUCUAAAUGAUCGUUUUGCCUA